AUGUUGUGGAGUUUACUAUCUUCAUUUCACCGUAAUCGGUUUCAUUGCAAUUUUGUUCAAACUUUAUGUCAUCAACAUGAUUUACUUGGGAUUAGAGUAAUGAGAAGUUUAUCGAAUGGAUCAAAUAUCUUUAGUAUAGAUGAGAAACCGGAAGCUCCAGAAGCAGACUUCGUGCACCGACAUAUUGGUCCAUCUGAGAAAGAUAUCAAUCACAUGCUCCAAUUUUGUGGUUUUAAUAAAAUUGAAGAUUUCAUAUCCAAAGUAAUACCAGAUAGUAUAUUAUUACAAAGGGAUUUGAAAUUGGAAAAUGAAACAAGUGAAGCAGAACUCAUCAGGCGUUUAAAGUUGCUCAUGAACAAGAAUGAAGUUUGGCGUUCUUAUAUCGGGCAAGGAUAUUAUGGUACUAUAACACCAUCUACAAUACAACGUAACAUAUUUGAAAAUCCCGGUUGGUACACCUCAUACACACCAUACCAACCUGAAAUAAGCCAAGGUCGUUUAGAAUCACUAUUUAAUUAUCAGACAAUGAUAUCAGACUUAACGGGUUUGGAGAGAGCAAAUGCAUCUUUGUUGGAUGAAGGUACAGCAUCUGCAGAAGCUAUGUGUUUGGCAGUCAGAUAUACAAACAGAAAAAGGUUUCUCCUCGAUAGGAGAUGUCAUCCACAAACUAUUAAUGUCGUCACAUCUAGAGCAAAGAAUCUUAGUAUUGAAAUUGAAGUUAUUUCCAUAGACAAUGUCGAUCACGCAAAAGAAAUUAUUAGUACUGGACAGUUCUCUGGAUAUCUACUACAGUAUCCAGAUACAGAAGGUAAUAUAUGGGAUGAUAAGAUAUGUGCAGUUGCUGAAGUAACGAAAUCAAAUAAGACGCUUCUCAUCACAGCGACCGACUUGUUAGCUCUUACACUUAUUGAAUCACCUGGAAGUUUAGGUGCUGAUAUAGCUGUUGGAUCUUCACAACGUUUUGGAAUACCGAUGGGUUUUGGAGGACCCCAUGCAGCAUUUAUUUCCUCAACUGAAGCACUUACCAGAUUAUUACCAGGAAGAAUAGUCGGUCUUUCUAAGGAUGCGAUGAACCAACCUGCGUAUAGGCUUGCCUUACAAACACGGGAACAGCAUAUUCGUAGAGAUAAAGCCACAAGUAACAUCUGCACAGCCCAAGCAUUACUUGCUAAUAUGGCUGCUUUCUAUGCUGUUUAUCAUGGUCCAGAAGGAUUAAAACGAAUAGCUUCACGUAUCCAUAGAAACACUUUACGUUUAGUAUCAGCUCUAGAAAAUGCCGGUUAUAAGAUUGCCAAUCAGACUGCAGUAUUUGAUACAAUUAAAGUGUUACCGAAUUCUAAACAAAAUUGUCUUCAGUCUAUUCAAAGAAAGGCAUUCGAAAAACGAGUAAAUCUCUUAUACUAUCCAGACGGUGGGGCAGUUGGUUUAUCAAUAGAUGAAACUCUAACUGGUGAAGAUUUUAAUGACCUAAUGUACAUUUUCGGAGCAACUCGAGUGAAGCCUAAGGAACAUUCAAUUUUCGCUAUCAACAGAUAUCCUAAUUUAAUGCGUAAACAUAGCUAUUUAACACAUCCUGUAUUCAAUUCUUUUCACUCAGAGACUGAAUUGUUACGGUAUAUGAAAAAACUCGAGAAUAAAGAUAUUUCUUUAGCACAUUCUAUGAUACCGUUAGGCUCUUGCACUAUGAAACUAAAUGGUACAACUGAACUACUUGCUUGCUCAUGGGAUAAUGUCAACAAACUGCACCCUUUUGUACCGAAAAAACAAGUUACUGGUUAUUUGGAAUUGAUUGCACAACUGGAAAAUGACAUCAAAGAGAUAACUGGCUAUGAUUAUGUUUGUCUUGCACCGAAUAGUGGAGCACAGGGUGAGUACGCUGGACUAAAAGCUAUCAAAGGAUAUCUGGAUAGGAAAGGUGAACACAAACGUACAAUUUGUUUAAUCCCUACCUCAGCACAUGGGACAAAUCCUGCUAGUGCUCAAAUGGCUGGUAUGACUGUCAAACACGUGAAAACUACAUCAACUGGUAGUCUAGACAUGAACCAUCUGGAAGAACAAACUUCUCUAUAUAAAGAUCACUUGGCAGCCAUUAUGAUCACCUAUCCAAGUACAUUUGGUGUGUUUGAUAGUAAUGUUCAAAAAGUGUGUGAAAUCAUUCACGAAGCCGGUGGACAGGUUUUUAUGGAUGGUGCCAAUUUGAAUGCACAGGUUGGUUUAUGCCGCCCUGCUGAUAUUGGUUCAGAUGUUUCGCACAUAAAUUUACACAAAACAUUCAGUAUUCCACACGGUGGAGGUGGACCUGGUUGUGGCCCUGUUUGUGUCAAGUCGCACUUAGCACCAUUUCUUCCUCAACAUUAUUUAUAUGGUUAUACUUGUGUGAGUCUUCCUGAUCACAAAAUGAACAUUGAAAAUAAAUCUUCUGAUCAUUACGCAAUUUGUUCGGCUCCAUUCGGUUCCGCAAGCUUAUUACCAAUAUCAUGGGCAUAUAUGAGGUUGUUAGGCCCGAAAGGUUUGAAGCGAGCGAGUCAGACGGCUUUGUUAAACGCUAAUUAUAUGCUAAAGCGUCUCCGAGACUAUUAUAAUAUACAUUAUGUAAACAGCGCGGGGAUGUGUGCACAUGAAUUUAUAUUAGAUUGUUCACAAUUCUCGAAACAGAAUAUCGAUGUGACUGACAUUGCAAAGCGAUUAAUGGAUUAUGGUUUCCACAGCCCAACUAUGUCAUGGCCUGUGACAUCAAGCCUAAUGAUUGAACCCACGGAGAGUGAAUCUAAAGCCGAGUGCGACCGUCUAUGUGAAGCACUCAUUUUGAUCAGAGGAGAAAUUGACAAGGUGACCAAAGGAGAAUGGGAUAUCGAAUGUAAUCCAUUGAAAAUGGCUCCACAUACUAUGGAAACAGUAAUGGAUUCGAAAUGGGACAGGCCAUAUACACGCCGAGUGGCAGCAUUUCCAGCGCCAUGGCAAAAUGUGAAAGAUGAGUCAGUAAGUAAACGUUCGAAAUUGUGGCCAACUGUGAGUCGGCUGGAUGAUGUAUACGGUGAUCAACACUUGAUAUGCACGUGCUCUUCACUUCUGGAAAAUGAAACCAACUCCAAAGUUUAA